UUAAACCCCAUCUCUCCUCCUCAAGCAGCAGACCGAGCCUAUUGCAGCUUUAAAUAGUCCAGCAUUCCUUGCGGUGUCCCAGUUCCUCUGUCAUGGAUUCACCAGGAAUGGGGAGAGGGUCGUUUUCCGCAGUAUAAUGGAAACACCGCAAGGGCUGCAGCACAGGACAACUUAAAACUUUCCGGAGACGAACCGAAGGUAAGGUAGCUGACAGGACCAGUCCCCUACGCCGCCAUCAGAGGAGCCAUCCUACCAUGGGCCCCGUCAUGGACUGGUGACAUGGAGCUGAAGGUUUGGGUGGACGGGGUGCAGAGGGUGGUCUGCGGGGUCACCGAGGCCACCUCCUGCCACGACGUGGUCAUCGCCCUCGCCCAGGCCAUAGGCCGCACUGGGAGAUACACUCUAGUGGAGAAGUGGAGGGACUCCGAGCGCCUGCUGGCCCCCCACGAGAGCCCCGUGUCCUCCCUCAACACCUGGGGCCAGUAUGCCGGGGACGUCCAGCUCAUCCUGCUCCGCACGGGGCCCUCCCUCACAGAGCGGGGCCCCUCAGAAGGCCCCCUUCUGAGGGGCCCCGAGCGGGGGCCGCUCCGCCAGAGCCUCCCGCCGCUGGCUAAGCUCCGCCCCCCCAACGAGCGCUCCAUGCGCCGCCGCGAGCCGCGCCGCAAGUCGCUGACCUUCAGCGGGGGCCCCAGGGGCCUGAGAGACAUCCUGAGUGGAGGCAGGCCCGGGGAGGCGGAGGCCAAGAGGAGGCUGCUCCUGGGGGCCGGCGGCGGCGGGGGCCAGCCGCAGACGGCCGGGCCCCUGGGGGCCCUCUGGGCCUGCCGCGUGGAGGAGCUGGUGCGGCUGGUGGGGCUCCAGGGGGAGACGCUGGGCCGGCUGGAGCAGAGGCUGGCCUCCCACGAGGCGGAGCUCCAGGGCUGGGGGGAGCGAGGGGGCCACGGCGGGGACAGAGACGGUGGAGGAGGGCUGACGGAGGAGAUCCUGAGGCUGGAGAGACGUCUGAGGAAGAACAAGGUGGAGGUGGAGGAGGAGGACUUCUGGGCGAGCGAGCUGCAGAUUGAGCUGGAGAACGAGCGGCAGCUGGAGGAGCGGCUGCAGGAGCUGCGGCGGCGGCUGCUGGGCUGUGAGCGGGACGUGGGGGAGAAGAUGGGGCUGGUGGGGUGUGUUGAAGCCGGCCUGGAGGAGGAGAGGCAGCAGCGGGAGCGGCAGGAGAGCCAGAGGCUGAGCGAGGCCGAGGCCCGGGCCCAGGCCCUCAGGGCCCGCGCCGACCUCAAGGCCCAGGACCGCCAGGCCCUCCAGCUGGAGAGCAGCUGCCGCGCGGUGGACCGCUCUCUGGGCCAGAGCAGCAGGAGGCUCCAGGACAUGCAGCAGGACCUGGAGCAGCUCACCAAGGAGCUGCGGCAGGUCAACCUGCAGCAGUUCAUCCAGCAGACGGGCACCAAGGUCACCGUGCUGCCAGCGGAGCCUGGGGACCCACCGGCCCCCGGGAGCCUGCCGGGCCCCGGCGACCCACCCGACCCCCCGGCCCCCGGCCACAGCAUCGAGUUGGGAGCUCUCUGUGGUUCCCUGAAGCGUCCCUUGUACUCCCACCCGGUACCCGGUCGCCUCCGGGUCCUGCACAGCCCUCUGAAGUCUGGUCUGAACCCCGAAGGGAUCUAUGUCUGAGGCCCGGCCCGCUGUGGGUGGGAACAGCAUCUGCCCGCGUCUCUUCUCAACUCCCCCAAUGCCAGAACCCCUUACGAGACUCUUGGUCCAACAUACCUCAGUCCCUCUCCUAUGCACCGAUCUGCUCCCUCAGCCCCUCAUGCCCCUACCCACUGGGACCUGGAACAGGCUCAGCUGAUGAAGGGUAGGCUGAUGUUUUAUGAAAGCUCCUCCGCAGGGGGGUUAGAAAACAACCGCAUGACGAUGAGACGGCAGUGCUCUGCAUUGCUUUGACCGCAGCAUGAAUGUGUAUCUCUUGGAAGUGUGUGUUUUGGAGUUGCGCCGGCUUUCCAAACUUUUCCACACGCCGUAGUUCCCAGUGGCGGUUUUAGGCACGGUCGAAACGGCAUUAUUUCAUGACACAAGCACUUAAAAAACAUAUUAUCAUGCGCCGCAAAGCGGUUUCCUAUGAUCUAUCAUAUCACUGUGUUGGGAAUUGGCAUAUUGGUGCCCCCUCCGUUUGCAGGCGGCCCUGCUUGCUGAGAAGGUGCCGUGCACAGCAGCUGUGUGAUAAGGAGAAGGGGGUGCGGGGGACAUGUCACCACUGCGUCUUCCCAAAUGGAACAGACAUGGGGGGGAACGGGGGAUCCACUGUCCGCGGAUUGAAAUCCUUAUUGAAGCCUGCAGGGUUAUGCGUUAACCAUACGGAGGAACGCGAUCGCUGAGCUGCCCUGCCCCAACAUUGCAUGAGACUUUAAACUCAUUUACAAUCGCCGCCCACCAUUAUCCGAAAUUUGAUGUCAACAGACCAAAAAUAGUCGGAAAGCCUACAGAAACUAUAGAUAGUUAAUGUGACAAUCACAUUAUUAAAAAAUACUUACAAUGAUUUACUAACUAACUAUUUUUUGGGAGCAUGCUUUUGCAAAUAGUUUGCCGCCCCACCUGCCCAUAUGGACGGCACGCGUCAAGUAGGCCUCGAAUUUCUUGCAAUUGCGAAAUAUAAGUUUGGGGGCUGCUCGAAGGGGGUCUACCCCGGGGGGGUUCAAUGUAGAACCGCCACUGGUUCCUGUCGGCCCCCUGGUGUGUCUGCUGAACGGCCGGCACGGGGCCACGCCUGCAUGGUCAAUCUAAACCUAUCCGCGAAUAGCAAGCGGUAGCAAGCCAACCAGGAUGUUUCUGUAUUGUAGAAGGAGCGAUGCCACCAAGGACAUUAUUGACUAGGACCAGUUACCUAUGCACAAAUGGCAAAUAGUUUGGUUACUGAGGAAAACUAUUAUUUCCAAUUGAAGUACCAGAAUUCUUGUUUACUUUUUUUAUCCAAGUUUUAUCCACAUUCACAUUUAUUUAGCCAAAUACUAUGUUAUGAAGCAAUGCAUUUACAAUGAAAUGUAUAGCUAUACAAUGUCUUUAGUAUCUCCUGCAAUUAAACUGUGUUAUUAUUUUUGAAGAUAACUCUAUGGUUUAUUUUAGCCAUUUUUAUUCUUGUUAAUCUGUGAAGAUGGUUCGCCAAAGACUAUAUGGGCUUGUUGCAUGUGUUGUUGAUGUGGCCAUAUUUGGAUGUUCCUAGAGCAACUGUACCUUCAACGUUAGAUGUUAAACCUGAAGGUGUGUGUGUGUGUGUGUGUGUGUGUGGUUUUAAGAAGUGACUAAGCAGCUAUUAAGUAUAAACACAAGUGCCUUAUUUUCAAUGUAGAGAGUGAAAACCGUUGUACUUCAUAUAUAUAGACAAAGCACAUGUCUAUCACAGAUGCUUGUAUCAGAUACAUGAUUGUUUCCAAAAUGUAAGUAAGCGAUGACAUAAAGCAUACAAACAAAGGGAUGAUCUCACAGCAGUAUUAUUCAGAAGAAUCCGUUCACAGCCUUGCACUCCACAAAGGUUAGCCAGCUUAUGACGUCCCUUUCCAACUGGUUAAGAUUGUUCCUAUGAUAAGUGCUGCCACACUGAAUUGACAUAUACUACACCUUGAUGUCAUCGUAGCGUAACACUCUGGUCCCUCCGGACGGGGCACCACAGGGAUGCCCCGCUGUGGGGGUCCGGGUGGGGCACCACAGUGUGGCCCUGCCGUGGGGGUCCGGAUGGGGCACCACAUUGGAUGUCCGGAUGGGGCACCCCAGCGUGGCCCUGCCAUGGGGGUCUGCUCCACGUCUUGUGCUCUCCUCCUGUAUGAUGUCAAAAUGUACAACUCUUGUUUCUUCUGCCUUAAUGUCCAGCAAAGUGUUGACCGGUGAUGGCUGAGUGCCUGCUGAUGUAACGAGGCAUGGUUUAAUAAAAAUGUUGUCAUCGACAAAUGCG